AAUUUGUAAUUUCAAUACAUAAACGUACUGUACACGCGAGUUACCCAAAUCUAACCGGCGGGCUCUAACGUAAGAUUAGAUCAACUUCGAUCACACACGUCCAUAAUUAUCUUUGAACAUGAACAACCCAACAGUCUUGAACACAACUCACCUGGAGCACGAGAACUUGAAGAGUCACCAUCGUAUCAGUGCCCUUCUGCCGUCGUGGAGCGACCGAGGCAUACCAUAUUUCUUUCCUUAUCGUGAGGCUUGGACUAUCCAAGUUUUAAUCCAUGAGAACACUGAGGCAGUGUUAUGGAUCCGGGGCCAUCCGCUCAUUAAUCUCGCCUUCGCCAUUGACGAAUGCGAUGCUUUGAUGAGGCGGUGGCGGAUCAAUCACGAUGGACUCUCGUUGAGAAACGUCGACACGAAGACAUUUAUAUCACAAUGGCGUUUCGAUAACAUACGUAUCCAUAUGUGCAAAGGCGUUCGCAGGGAACUGUAUGGACUUCGUCGGCUGUCUCCAAAAAAGGAGCUUGAGAACCAAAGUAUACGACAUGCUGUUAUGACUGUAACCUGGCGAUGAGCCUCUCAGGGCACGAUUUAGAAAACUUUUAGAUAGGUAGCCACAAAUCCGUGGCGGGUUCCGUGCGCCUCCAGGCUGAUGGAAAAAGGUAUCUAGUUGAAUCCGCCUGGGGAUAUAGUGGCCAUGAUGAUCGAAUGCAAGACCCGUGAUUGGUGAAUACUUGUGGCACGACGAGGACGGAGUGCUGAAAAAAGCUUCUGCAGUCGGAGUGUGAGCGCUAGAACGGUUUUCAUACGUGACAAACGAGAUGCGGUACGUGGAUGUUGUGCAAGGCGGCGGCCAUAUAGUGUAAAGUUUCGGCCU